AUGACAAUGGGCAUCCUGAGCUGGUCACUGAAAAUCCAAUAUACGGGAGCCAGUAUGAACACAGCUAGAAGUCUGGGACCAACUCUAGUUAACGGUCAUUGGGAUAAACAUUAUUUAAAAAACCAAUCUGAAUCAUGUUGUUACUUAGAGUUUCACACUAUGCGGAGUAUAGACAACCGACCUAUUUUCAACCCGCAAUCCUGUACUAAAGUAUAUUGGAUCGGACCGUUACUAGGUGGAAUCGUAGCUGGUCUGCUGUACGAAAAUAUGUUUGCUGCCAACUCAUCGUGGGCUAAAACUCGCGCCUGUUUUUUGGCGUCUGACUAUGAUGACGAUAAGUACCAAGCCCACAAAUUGAAGAUCCGAGUUGUGGAGGAAGUCGACGAUAACAACGAUGAAAACUCCAAUGAGACUAAUGAUGGAGUCAAUGAUGAUAAAAUUGAAAUGAGACAUUUGAGAAAUUCUGUUCAUUAA